UGUCACUGCGAUGUCACUGUGCGGCCCAGGCUCGGCCUGAUGGUCUCUGGCGCUGAAGACUCUAAAACAGCGGCCUCCCUCACACUUCUCUAACUUCUGUUUCUAUUUUCUUUCUGUGUGACUCUGCAGAGUUAUCGAUCUCUAUGUUGACUGUGAAUAGACUCAGUUUUCACUGGCAGCACAUACAAUGGCUUCUUCAGAUUCGGAUGAUAAUAAUAAGAUAGCAACAAUCCUCGCGACAAUCGGGACAGUCUUUUGGUGUAUCCAGCUCAUCCCUCAGAUCUGGAAAAACUACCGACGCAAGUCCACUGAUGGCUUCCCAGUAUCGAUGAUGAUUCUUUGGGCGGCAGCUGGUGUGUUUUACGGAAUGUAUUUCAUUGCACAGUCAGCGGAUAUUGCUCUCCAAGUGCAGCCGCAGAUUUUUACUGCUCUUUGUCUGAUAACCUGGGCUCAAUGCCUUUACUAUGGAAAGGGCUACUCGGUCAAGAAAGCUAUUGCUUUUCUCUUCAUUUCGUCGAUAGUAGGCGCUGGGCUCCAGGUUGCUGCAGCGAUCCCGAUUCGCAACUCACCUCACUACCAAUCGGAUCCUUCGCCAUAUUACUGGCCGAUUUUAAUGCUUGGAAUCUUUGCGGCUGUUUGCCUUGCCGGCGGACUUGUGCCUCCAUAUUUUGAGCUUGCAAAACACCACGGACAGGCCAUAGGGAUCUCUCUCAUAUUCCUCAGCAUUGAUGCGUCUGGUGCUCUUUUAUCCUUUGCUUCUCUUUGGUUCCCUCAAAAUAAAGCCGAUGGUUCGACAGGGUACCGUGACUACGUGGGAAUGGUCAUUUACCUCGUGGAUCCCAUAAUGGAAGCUGGGAUAGUUCUCAUUCAUUUUACAUGGUGGCUCAGGAUCGGUCGCCACACGGAAAAGAUUACUCACGAUGAAGAACGUGCUCUGAAAGAGGAAAAGGUGUGAGUCAGCUGUGGUCCGUUGACUUCCAGACAACGGACGAACAAAUAUGGCAGGUACACGGCGAAUUCUCAGCAGUGUAGAAUACACUUUG